GGCCAUACAGACGGAAUCUGUCUUGAUUUUGAUUACUUCAAUACUGAUUACUGAAUCAAUACCCAAUCAAUAAUAAUAAAAUAUUUAUAUUCUAGUUCUAGAUUAGAGGUCUAGAUCUAGAUUAUAUAAUCUAUAGUAUUUUAUCAAUAAAAUUUAGAGAUCUAGAUUUUUAUUUAGCAUUAGCUGUCUGUCUUCAGUUCAGUCUGUAGUUAGAUCUAGACCAGUUCACUGGGACAAAAACACAACAAACAUGCACUUCUUCAAGUGUUUAAUGCUAAAUGUUUUAUUAUUAUGGAGCAAGAGUUAUGCAAUUGUUUGGUAUGAGCCUCAACAAACACACAUAGCUGUGGGAGAUACUCCUGAUCAGAUGGUCAUCGUAUGGAGCACAUUCAAUGAUACUGGAGAUACUACUGUUAUGUAUGGUCAAGGUGGAAAAUUGUCAUUAGAGGCCACAGGGACAAGGACUAAAUUUAUUGAUGGUGGACCAGAACAGAGAACACAGUUCAUUAACAAAGUCGUCCUUACAGGCCUUAUACCUGACACAGAAUACUCUUAUGUAGUUGGGAGUAAAACAUAUGGAUGGUCAGACUUAUUUUCUUUUCGUACAUGGCCUCUUGGAGAAAACUGGAGCCCUAGUCUGGCUAUAUUUGGUGACAUGGGAAAUGAAAAUGCUCAGUCCUUACCUAGAAUGCAAGUAGAUGCUCUUACAGGGAUGUAUGAUGCAAUUCUGCAUGUUGGUGAUUUUGCUUACGAUAUGGACGUGGACAACGCGAGAGUUGGAGAUGAAUUUAUGAGACAGAUUGAGCCACUAGCAUCCAAGCUACCAUACAUGACAUGUCCUGGCAACCAUGAGCAGGCUUACAAUUUUUCAAACUAUAAAGCCAGAUUUUACAUGCCAGGGGAUUUAAAUAAGCGAAUGUAUUAUAGUUUCACUAUGGGACCUGUCAGAUUCAUUGCAGUAUCUACUGAAUUUAUCUUCUUUCCUCAAUAUGGUCUGAUUCCAAUUGUUGAGCACUACAAAUGGCUGGAGAAUGAAUUAGCUGAAGCCAAUAAACCAGAGAACAGAGCCAAACAGCCAUGGGUAAUCACUUUUGGCCACCGUCCCAUGUACUGUUCCAAUGAUGAUAAUGAUGAUUGCACUCACCAUGAAAGUCUUAUCCGAGUUGGAAUCCCAUUUCUUCACCUGCUGGGGUGGGAACCACUAUUCUACAAAUAUGGUGUAGAUGUUGCUUUAUGGGCACAUGAACAUUCCUAUGAGAGACUCUGGCCAGUAUACAACAGGGAGGUUAUGAAUGGAAGCUAUGCUGAGCCAUACACUAACCCAAGAGGACCCGUUCAUAUCAUAACUGGGUCUGCAGGUUGUAAAGAAAAACAUGACAACUUUGAUAAGAAAGUUGAUGACUGGUCUGCCUACCGCAGUGAUGAUUAUGGUUAUACCAGAAUGAAAGUAUUUAACAAAACACAUCUUUACAUGGAACAAAUUUCUGAUGACAAGGGUGGAGCCAUCAUAGACAAAUUAAUGAUUAUCAAAUCCAGUCAUGGUCCUUACACUGAUUAUCCAAAGCCAGUCAAUAUUAUGGGAGAUCCUUUGAAAAAGCUCUGGAAACAAUGGAAAUACUUUGCCAAAGAACUCAAAGACAUCCUUCCAUAAACAUAAAAGCAAAUAUGUUUUUACUUGGCACUAUAAUUGUCUGAGUUUUUUAUUUGUUAAUACUUAUACUAAAACCUUUCAGCCGAUAAAAAUAAUUUUAGUGUAAUUUAUUUAUUUUAUUUAGUAAAAAAAAUGAUAUAAUAAAAGGGAAACAUGGGAACACAAAUUUUUGUGAAAAUAUUUAAAACAUAGGCCUACUUUUUGGUAAUAAAACGUGUCCAAAUUUUUUACAAUAAAUUAAAAAUGAUAUACAAAACUGUCCACAGAAUAUAAAUUUCUAUUAUGAUUUUAAAAAUAACUGAUUUAUGAAACGUUUGAAAGUGAAAAGAUGAGAAAAAAGUAUAUAUUAAUUCAAUGUUUUUUUUCUUUUAAAAUAAAUAACUUAGUGGUAUGUACUAAUACUAUGCAAUGUUAUGAGUAUAACUUUAAAGGUUAUGUAAAAAGAAGCUUUAAAGAAAAUAUUUUUAACCGAAAGAUUUUUUUUGAAAUUUUAAAGUAGAAAAAAAUAACAGAUUAAAGAAAUUUUUAAAUUGCCUUUAAUAUCAGUAUUACCACUCAACAUUCCAUGAAAUUUUUGUACAAUAAA